AUGGCCAAACGCUCCGCAGCCGGCUCUCCGGCGACAAAGAGGCCCAAAAUCGACGAAUAUCCAGAAAAAGCUGCUGACACAUGGAUCGCCAUCGGCAACUGUGCCUCCACCAUGGGCAUUGUAGCAGCGGCCAUACGGGCUUUUGAAAGCGCCCUUGUGCAUGCCCCAGCGUCCGUGGACGCCUUGGUUGGCUGGAGCCACCUGCUCCGCAUGAACGAUAUCAACACGAACGACACAGCCGGGUCCCAGGCGCUAAUCCAGAGACUCAACAGCGUGGCCGAACUGCAUCCCCAGGUGACCGCCCUGCCCCUGUUUUUCAGAGAACUCACGGAGUGCUACCUCUUGGUGGGACUCAAUGAACAGGCUCACCAGGCCGUCCAGGAGGCCAUCUCCAGAGCUCCCAACGAUCCAGCCUUGCAGCUUCUUCUGGCCCAGACGCUUAUUCGUGCUGGCGCCAGAGUACAGGCCGCCUCGGCCCUUAACCACUGCCUCCUGCUCUUGCCGCCGCUGUUGGCCGAGUUCUCCAAAGCAGACAUUGAGACCGCCAGAAGCGCCCAUGCCGAACUAGCAGCCAUUGCCGCCGCCGACGGGAACAUUGAUCUCUCCAUCACGGAGCUCACAGCCACCCUCCUGCUCCCGCCUCCUCCUUUGGCCCGCCAGAACGAGCACAUUGCCUUGUGGUGCGCCUUUGCUACCGCCAAAGAGCGUGCUAACAAGAUUCCAGAGGCUCUCGAGGCUUGUGAACGUGCCGAGACCGCCGUCGGCGCCCUGCCUCGUAUUCUCAUCACCCACGCCUACCUCCUUCUUUUGGACGAGGACACUGAAAAGGCCCAGCGUGCCGUUGCGCUUCUUUCUCGCGUUGUGGACCUGGAAGAACGCAAGGAGGACGACGAAGGUGACUUUUUGCCAUGGUACCUCCUCGGUAAGGCCCACACGGUGCUUGACGCUCCAAGAGCCGCCUACGACUGCUACCAAGUGGCACUUCGCCGUGCAUCCAGUCUGCCUAUCACCUGGCUUGCAGUUGGAAAGUUGUACCUCGAACUCAAGCAGCUUCCAGACGCUCUUGCUGCCUACUCGCAGGCUCUUCGACUCCAACUCAAUGAAAACCUGCCCGGCACAGCCGCCGCCUGGGAAGGUCUCAGUUGCGUCUACGAGCGCUGUGACGACCAACUCGGCGACGCUGCAGACGCUAGCUCCCGUGCUGCCAUGUGCUUCCGUGCUAUAGGCGACACUGACAACGCAGCUCGUUUCGACGAGCGUUCUAAGAAGCUUCAGGCUGCCGCUCUGAGGAAACUGCCUGUCCCACCUUUGGCGCAGCCAGUUGGUGUGCCCAACUUCUUCCUCCGGGACCUCGUCACCUUGCUUCCUUCUGAGCGUAUUGCGUUCGUUCAGGGCCACGACAAGGCUCCUUCGCCUGGCCGUGCUCUGCACAUCGAGCCCCAGCAACAAAGACCUCCUCCAUCUGCUCAGGGAAGCCCUCCAGGACCUCCUCCAGCAGUCACGGCACCAGCAUACUCCCACUCACCCAACCCGCCAGGACAGCACCCCCACGAAUACAGCAUGUACCCUGUUCCCUUCAAACCAAUCGGCAAGCUGCCCGAGUCCAUUGCCCACCUCCCACCUCCACAACUGCGGGCUUGGCUGCCCCAGGACCACAUGCCCCAGCCUCAGAUGUUCCAGGGUCCUCCACCACACUUUGCCCAGCCUCCAAACGGUAUCAUGACGCCUCCUCCCAACAGCCAGCCUCCAGGACCCGCCAGAAGUCCCGUGAACCAUCCGCAGAUGAUUCCCAACGGCUACCCGGUGCAAGGUCCUCCAGGCUACGUUUAUGGCCAGUACAUGCCUGUUCACCAAGGUGUGUGGAACCGUUAA